UCGGCACCGUGUUUAUAUCGCCAGUAUAAUGGAACAUAUCGUGCAAAUAUGUUCACUUCGUGCUCGCAAAAAUCAAGAAAAUCUUAAACAAAAUCAAAGAAGGAAAGUUUAAAAAUGUAGUGAUAAGCAUCGGAAUUUGUCUUGUUUUCACCCAGAUAUGGAAAUAUGUACGAGAGUGCCGGUCUAGUGUUUAAAGCAUGCACGUGCGACUUUUGUGUCCCCGAAAAAAAAUAACAUGGUGCGUAAGUUACGGCAUUUAGACUCCGGCUAGUGUGAUUAUGGCUUCUUUGAAUCGCAACGAAUCGUAAAAGACUAACCACAAUGUCAGUUACGACAAGAUGACAGGCAAAACUUUGCUCUUUUGAAGAAACCAAAAAUGCCGGGAGGAAGAAGGGGCCUUGUCGCCCCACAAAACACAUUUCUAGAAAACAUCAUCAGGAGAUCGAAUUCGCAACCUGACAGCAGUUUCCUGUUGGCAAACGCACAGAUAGUCGACUACCCGAUAGUAUAUUGCAACGAGUCUUUCUGCAAGAUUUCCGGUUAUAAUCGAGCGGAAGUCAUGCAAAAAUCCUGCAGGUGUGCCUUUAUGUUCGGCGAACUUACCGACAAGGAGACAAUCAGUAGAAUAGACCACGUUCUGGAACAUCAGUUGUACGAUCAGUUUGAGAUCCUCCUCUACAAGAAAAAUAAAACACCAUUAUGGCUACUCCUGCAGAUCUCUCCCAUAAAGAACGAACGAGAUUUGGUCGUUUUGUUCCUUUUAACAUUUCGGGACAUAACGGCCUUGAAACAGCCUAUCGAAACGGACGAUACCAAAGGAGGUAAUUCAUCGAAAUUGCUUGGGAAAAAAUUGAAUAUUUCAGCUUUAGGUUUAUCCAAGUUUGCGAAAUUGGCUCGUUCUGUGACUCGAAGUCGGUCCGUUUUAGUGUCUCAGUUUUCCUCUCAUCUACCCAACUUGAAAGACACCACGAAGCAGUCACACCUGGCACAAAUGAUGAGUUUAAGUGCAGAUAUAAUGCCGCAAUAUCGCCAGGAAGCCCCGAAGACUCCGCCCCAUAUCUUACUCCAUUAUUGCGCUUUCAAGGCCAUCUGGGACUGGAUCAUCCUAUGUCUAACGUUCUAUACGGCCAUUAUGGUCCCUUACAAUGUGGCUUUCAAGAACAAAACUUCCGAAGAUGUGUCUCUGCUAGUUGUGGAUUCCAUCGUUGAUGUGAUAUUCUUCAUUGAUAUUGUUUUGAACUUUCACACGACUUUUGUUGGACCUGGCGGGGAAGUCGUUUCCGAUCCUAAAGUUAUCAGGAUGAACUACUUAAAGAGUUGGUUCAUCAUCGAUUUGUUGAGCUGUCUGCCUUACGAUGUUUUCAACGCCUUUGAUCAUGACGAGGACGGCAUUGGCAGCCUCUUCAGCGCCCUGAAAGUAGUAAGAUUGUUACGAUUGGGUCGUGUUGUCCGUAAACUGGAUCGGUACUUGGAAUACGGAGCUGCAAUGCUCAUCCUGCUUUUGUGCUUUUAUAUGUUGGUGGCACAUUGGCUGGCUUGCAUAUGGUACUCCAUAGGACGCUCGGACGCUGAUAAUGGUGUCCAGUAUAGUUGGCUCUGGAAACUGGCGAAUAUAACGCAAAGUCCUUAUUCGUACGUGUGGCCAAAUGACACCAAUACGCCAGAACUAAUAAAUGGUCCCUCGAGGAAGACCAUGUAUGUGACGGCGUUGUAUUUCACCAUGACUUGUAUGACCUCGGUGGGAUUCGGAAACGUGGCUGCCGAAACGGACAACGAGAGGAUUUUCACUAUUUGCAUGAUGAUCAUUGCUGCUCUUUUGUAUGCAACAAUCUUCGGUCACGUGACGACAAUAAUUCAGCAGAUGACUUCAGCCACGGCUAAAUACCACGACAUGCUGAACAACGUAAGGGAGUUCAUGAAACUCCACGAAGUCCCUAAAGCCUUGUCAGAACGAGUAAUGGAUUAUGUCGUUUCAACAUGGGCUAUGACCAAAGGGCUCGAUCAAGACAAGGUAUUGAAUUUUUGUCCUAAGGACAUGAAGGCUGAUAUUUGCGUCCAUUUAAAUCGAAAAGUGUUCAACGAGCAUCCAGCUUUUCGCCUAGCUUCUGAUGGAUGUCUCCGUGCGUUAGCAAUGCAUUUCACAAUGUCUCAUUCGGCUCCCGGUGACCUUCUUUAUCACACUGGAGAGUCCAUCGAUUCACUUUGUUUCAUUGUCACUGGAUCACUUGAAGUGAUACAAGAUGACGAAGUGGUAGCAAUUUUAGGUAAAGGCGACGUUUUCGGUGACUCCUUUUGGAAGGAUAACGCUGUAGGACAGUCCGCGGCAAAUGUGCGUGCUUUAACAUACUGUGAUUUACAUACGAUAAAAAGGGACAAGCUUUUAGAAGUGUUGGACUUUUAUCAAGCUUUCGCAAAUAGCUUCGCUAGAAAUUUAAUCUUAACAUACAACCUAAGGCAUCGUUUGAUAUUCCGAAAAGUCGCGGAUGUCAAAAGAGAGAAAGAACUGGCAGAAAGGAGAAAAAACGAGCCGCAAUUAGACCAAAACCAGGAUCACCUCGUUCGCAAAAUUUUCUCCAAAUUUAGAAGAGAUAGAAGCCAACAACAAUCUACUGCAAACUCUCAACACUCAUCCGAUGUUGAAAAAGGCGAAGAGUCUGGUGAUAAAGCCAUGACACGUGUAAUGUCAACGACGAAAUUGUCAUCAGUGGCGGAAAAAGACGACAGUAGUGGUGGUGGUGUCAAAACAACAGUUGCCAGACCUGCAGCAGGUCGAGCAAGCAAGUGGGGCCGACUCCUAGGAUCGGCAAGUCUCGACUCAGGAUCAGAAAGUUCAACUCCAGCUCAGCAAGCCUUCACUAGAAGUCUCAGUGCUAAGGACACGAUGAAAGAGCGACCGAGUUCCUCAUCUUCGGGUAGUUCAGGGAGUCAACCAACUCCAGGUUCCGGCAAUAAAGUUUUCCCCAAGUUACAAAAAGUUUCAACAAAUUCGUCACCCGGAAUCACUCGACAGGACACAAUCGAGGAAAUGGUAGAAGUUGAGCCGCAACACCACCACUCCCGGAAUUUAUCCCUAAGAAAGAUGCAGAGUUAUGAUUGUGGUUUGAGGGAUCCUUCGACUGCUUCAAUGUACCAAACGCCGCUGCCAGACCCUAUAGCACCUCCUGAAUACAAGGAGUUGAUGACAAACUUGAUGGAUUUUAAAGUUGACGUUAAGUUGGAGAUUCAGAGACUUAACCAGAAGAUGAACAGGAUGGAAGAGUUGCUGACGGAGUUGGUUAAGCGGAUAACUCCUGAAAGUGGUUCAAGUUCACCUCAGGGCGAUUCUGAACCUAAACCAAAGUCUUCCAGUGCCGGCUCAGGACCGGAAAGACCUACCGAACUCAUGCCUCGACCUAGUACGUCCGAAGGAACGGGAUUAGGGCCUAUUAUUUUACGAAAAAGGCGUUCGAAAACUCGGAUUAAAGGUACGGCGCCUCAAAUCCCUACCCCUAGUAGUGGGAAAGUUACAUCUCCUGAAAGUUCAGCAACGAGUCCAACCGAAACAACCAAAAUGCUGGAUGAGCCAGUGCUCACGCCGUCCUCUCGCAAACCUAAGGACUUUCUUUAGCAAAUUUUAGUGAUUUUUUAUAGGAUAGUUUCGCCUGCCACUAAGAGUAGAUUUCGUUUCGCCUUAAUUUGAACAGCAGGGCUGUCAAGUCGCAUUAGAUUCUAUUGUACAAAUCAAAUUGAUCACAUUUCACCUAGAAUUCAUCUUUGAAGCAUGUUUUAUUGUUUUCUAAUAAUAUGUAAAUAACAGGAAUUUAACGAUAGCUUAAAUAAUUACAAAAACGGCCAUAAUCUCACGUCUGUCAUUAAAUUAAUGAUUAGCAUUACAUGGAUUUUUGGCCACACUUGCCUUGUGCUCUAUAACUAAGAGCUUUUAUAGUAGUUUGUAAAACUCACGCUACUAGCGCUCUAUAUUUAUAAACACCAAAAGUAAUAUUGCAAAAGUAAAGAGAAGUUUAAAUUUGUUUUCAAUGAAGAAAGAAAUAUUUAACCGAACUUUAAACUUCUCAACUAUAGGAUUGUAAAUUAUUCAAGAUAUAAAUUUAAGAAAUUUAUCUCCAGAUUGUACAGAAUUUUGCCAGCAACUUUAACAGUUUCAUUGUUAAGUUUAGAGAUAUAAUUACAGUUUUUAUUGUUACAAAAUGAAUUGUAUUGUUGAUAUUUUACAACGAAAACAUUAUUUGUAUCUUAGAGUUUUACGUUGUUGCUGGUAACAUAUAUCAUUAGCAAUAUACUACUCCUACUUAUUUCUAAACAAAGUUUCUUUAAAAGAAAUGAAACGUUAAAUAAGAUAAAAUGUACAUUUCUAUAUUCAAUUAGGAGUAUUCAAAUGUCCAGCUAAUCUAAAGUGAUUUGUUACGUUUUUGUUUUUCCAAUAUUUAUUGUUAUUGAUUUUACGUCACUUUUAAUAAAGUGAAACCACUUAUAGUGCUCUGCAAAAAUACAUUUCAAUGAAAAAUAAAAUUAUUUCCUCCAAAAUCAGAAUAUCAAAUAACAAAUGUAAGAAAGCACUAAUUUUGCUCAUACGUGUAUCAUCAUUAAUAUUCUUAUUUGAAAUCGUUUUUUGCUUUCGGACUUACCGCAGCGGGAACAUAUUUAUUAUAAUAAAUUUUUAUUGUACUGUUGAAGCAAUAAAGACAAUUGAAAAUA